GGGAUUUGCAUAUAUCCCAUGAUGCACUUUACUUUCGAUCGCGUUCGAUUUUCCGCGCGAACGCCGGCAAACCCGGAACUGCAAAGCCCAAGAUGUAGGGCAUGGGCAUCUUCAAGAUGUUGGCCAUGUUGGACAGCAGCCAAGAGAAUUAGGUGGGUAAUUUUCGUCAUUUUUUAGAGUUCGGGAAUUGUAGUUUUCCAUGAAAAGUGUUGAUGUGUGUGAUACCCGAGGAACAUGUUUAAUUUUGAGGUAAAUGCCGAUAGACUUCUCAUGCGUAAAUCCCGUUGUCGCAUGUUGGAGAUUUGCAUAUAGUGCUAUCAAAUCUUCCGCAUUGGUUAAUCAAAUAGUGGUGCUUUUUAAAAAAAAGUGUAGUUUACGUAUGGUAGAUUGAUUGUGUGUCUAAAAAAACGAAAAGCACCAAAAAGCACUCAUAGGAAGAUCACGAAAACAGCCGCGCAGGAUCGCAUGGUUGGUCGUGUUUACAUACGCCUGACAGUCGCGCGGAGGCCCUUUAAACUCAUUAACAUAUGCAAAUAAGCCGGUAAAGAAAAGAUGGCGGACACGUAAACAAACACGAACGCGCCGUAGUUUUACCUUCCUAAAGCAAUUUAGAAAGUUUGGAAAGAUUGUUACAGUAUGGGGACUUAGCAGACAUUCAGGGAAAACCUAUUCAAACGGAAAAUGUUGUUGGUUGGACUGGAAACUCGCUUAAAAUGCGGAGUCAUGAUGUCAACUCCAUCAACGCCCCAAAAGAGGCCACAUGUUGGCGGGAGUGGUCACACCCCGUCUGGGAAGAGGAGGCAGCACAAACAUGGAAAGAAAGAUGGAGGAGCUCGCCGACCUCUCUCUUUCCUAAGUCCUAAGAUAACACGAUCUUUGGGGCACAUGCUCACCCCAAAGAUUCAACUGGCCAAGUCCCCUCGGCCUGUGAAACACCAUCAGUGGACUGAUAAGGAGGACAAGGCAUUGAUCCAGUUUUUGGAUCUAAGCCACCUUGAUCAGGAUGAAAAUGUCACUGACACAGCAUCCUGGCCAAUGAGGCACGCUAACAGUCCCUUUUGGACAGAGGCUGCAACAUCAAUCAAGACGGCAACCAGGAGCAGUGAACUUCUUUCAGCAAACACAGUGAGGAACAGGUGCAGGAAGUGGAGGACGAAAUUCGACGAAUCCCUUGAAGCUGCUGUGAAGUCUUUUGGUCUUGAGACGAAUUCAAUCAGCCGUGCAAAGAAAACCAAAGAAACAGUCAGCAGGGGAUGCCAGACAAAGAAGUUGACUGUGGACCAGCAAACACAAACUGAACAUAGCUGCCAGGAUGAUGUCACAACAGUACUGUCUUCUUGCAAGGCCCUGACCCAAUCAGAAUUUGAUUCUUUCAUGCUUAUGCUGCUUCCUCAAAUCGUUCAAUCAUCUUCAGUUCUAUCCUUUGGUGAUAAACUGUUCUCAGUUGUAGCUACAGCAAAGAAUAUUUCCACAUACCCAACCGACUUCUUUUCAAAGUCCAUCAAUGCCAUGUCCACCCUACAAGAACACAACAAGCCCAACAUCCUGUACAAGUUUGCCCACAUCUUGAGCACCAACAGGCCUGGCACCUCCACCCCUCUGCUCCAAAUUGACAGGAUGCCAUUUGGAUUACUACAAUACCAGAUGGAGUUCUUCAGUGCCACCAAUGUACAUCAGGUCAGCAUUUCUCCAGAUUAUGCCAGCUGGUUGGAGAGCAUGUGUGCUGAGUUUCCAACCAGGUUCUUGAGGCUGUUUCGGGGGCCAGGGUGGAGUGGCCUGGAAAGCACUGACUUGGACCCAUUGAAGGCACAUAUUAAUGUCGCCGCCCCCUCCCUGGACACCAUGUACAGACUGGCACAGAAUGAGAAGUUUGAUGGCAACUCCAGUAUCCAUAUCGCUGCACUGGAAUCCUUUGCCAAGAUGAAGCCAGGAGCACGUGUCUGGUUUAAGGCUGAUGCUUGUGAUUUGAAGGUUGCCCUGCAGACAUCUACAAAGGGCAAAUGGGCUGGAGACGUUGAUCUUGGGGAUGGAAGCCUGGAGAAGCUAAGGGCUGACAACGACAGACGCAUGGUCCUUGUCAGGGAAGCUGGGAAGUCCUGCGUGCCACGCAAUCUAGAGGCCUGUCUCCUCAGUCUCCUUCAGGAUCUUGGAGAAGACAUUGAUCUGCUGAAAGGUGGCCUUGAGGCAGCAAACAAGAGGUAUAAGGAGAAAUUCGAGCAGGCUAACUCAUCUACAGAUGUGCUGAAAAACCUGGCAUGGGACAGGGUAGAGUACAAUACCCUUCUGGAGCAGGCCAAAGCCUUCUAUGAAAGGGAAUUCUCAAAGAGAAUUGACCCGGACCUGCCUUUCUACUACUGGACAAUCAGUGAGAGGUUCAGGGAAGCAGAAGACACUUACCCAUCCUUCAAUGAUGACCCUGAGGAUGGUCGUCUGCGCCUCCACCGACUGCGCACUUGUAGAAGGGAAGACGCUUCGAUUUUCACAACUGCAAGGGGUGUCCUGCCGGUCAGGAACAGGGGGACCAUCAGGCAGAUACUGCACAGACCAGAAGUGCCACUGCCUGAGGUCCCAAAUAGCUUGCCACCUGUUUAGAAGAUUACUUUUAAACUGUUAUAUCCACAUCCAGGGUUGGACAAGUCCAAAAGUUUUAUUGUCCUAGCCAAGUGAAAGUGCUGAUUGGGCAAGCUCAUGUCCUACCCCACUUGCCCGAUUUUUUGAUGAGUGAGAUUUUGAUAUAAAUGUACUUUUUAGUCAUGGUACCAAGCAUUGUUUGUUUUUUUACAGAAGAAAGUGCCUGUAGCCACUUGUUUCCACCUGUCACCACUGUUGUAUAUAUCUAAGUCUUUUAUUUUAUGUAUGUUUACUUUUUAUUCUGUAUAUGUAUACUUGUAAAAGAUGCUAUUUUGUUGUAAGUGAGGAAAGAAGAGAACUCGGGUAUAGACAUUGUUGCAAGUGUUAUACAGGUAUUGACCUUAUAUGACAAUCAGUUUUUGAUCUUGAGACCACAGGUAUAUAUAGACAUUGUCGCAAGUGUUAUACAGGUUUUUGCCUAGUUAUGCUUUGAAGUAUCCUUCUGUCAAACUAGUUAUUGUAUAUAUGAGGCAAGCACUGCGGAUAUUGUUUUCUUCAGAACCUUUAGUUUUAUUGCUGAAUGUAUACUUAAAAGAUGCUAUUUUGUUGCAAGUCAAGAAAGAAGAGAACUCAGGUAUAUACAUUGUUGCAAGUGUUAUACUAGUUAUUGUAACUAGUUAUUGUAACUGUCAAACUAGUUAUUGAACUUAUGAGGCAUGCUCUUCAGAUUUUGUUUUCUUCAGAACCUUAAGUUUUAUUACUCAAUGAUACUCAUAAAAGAUGUUAUUUUGUUGCAAGUCAGGAAAGAGGAGAACAUGUAUAGACAUAGUCCUAAGUGUUAUACGGGUUCUGACCUUAUAAGAUAUCAGUUUUUGCCUUUCUCCCAGCAACCAACUGCCUAAUCCAACCAGCGACCACUUUUUUUUGCAGUCGCAAUGUGGUAUCGCCCUCCACUAAUAAUAUAGUGAGUCAGGGCAGAAAGUUAAGAGUGGAGGCACAAGCGAGUAACAAAAUUCCCAAUAAAACUACAGAUCAAAUCGA